UACGGCAGCGACAGUCAACGAACCGGGACGAGGUCUUUCCUACAUUUUACAACUUUUUAAAAUAUUUUUAAACCCGAAACUGUAGUGUCUUUCCAUCACUGCCGGGAAUCGGUCGUAGUUUGUUCCAGCUAGCUCUGGGCUACUUUUUAAUAUUCAACAGACUCCAUACCACCCCGGAGACACCCUACCAGCAGUGCACUCAAGAGGGAGACAACUUCUCAGCCCCCUCAGAGAACCAGCUGCUGGGUUUGAAGGUCGUAACCUCACCACCUCUGCCACUCCAGACGCAUACCAGCAUUACUAUGACCAACAAUGGAGAUGACUGCUACUUCUUUUACUAUUCCACCUGCACUAAAGGAGACAGCUGCCCAUUUAGACACUGUGAAGCAGCUAUGGGCAGUGAGACCGUCUGCAACCUCUGGCAAGAGGGACGCUGCUUCCGUGCUAUCUGCAAGUUUCGCCACAUGGAGAUCACAAAAAAACGAAAGGAGAUACCUUGUUAUUGGGAGAACCAGCUGGCCGGCUGCCAGAAGCCACACUGUGCCUUCUUCCAUGAGAGGCCCCGCUGCAUUGACGGCGUCUUUGUCCCACCUGAUAAAAGUCAAAGCAAGAAUGAAGAACAGCCACAUGAGGAACCAGCCCCCCCGCCACCUGCCCCUCUCCCCACUGCAGCCAAUCCUCAGCUCAGGAGCGUCAUCAAGACAGAAACUCAGGAGCCAGUACCCAGCCCCACCCACCCACCUGUGGUGAUCAAUCCAGCAGAUGAUGAUGAGGAUGAAGAUGAUCAGUUCUCAGAGGAGGGAGAUGUUGGCCCAUCUCCGAGAAAACCCAAAUCAGAUGACUCACUGAACUUUGGAGUAAGCACCCUGGAGGAGAUCCGGCUGAGGAAGGCGCUAAAGGCCAGCAUGAAGAGAGCUGGUUACCCCAUCCAGAGUCCUGAUACCUCGACCAAUGGAGAGAAAGAAAACAUCCAGUCAUUAUUUCGACCACCCCUCUACGAGGCGAGAGAUGGUCCACUAGUGUUUGAAGAAACUGCAAGACCAAGAGGCAGUUUGGCUGAAAGACUUGGAAGGAAGAUACCCGCCACUGAUGUGAUAAGUGGAGAAGGUUUUCCACUGAGGAGGGGUCUGGCUGGGCGUCUGGGCAGAGUUGUGGAUGAGGACGAUCCAUUAAUGCCCCCUCAGAAAGCCUUGAAGCCUAUUAAAGACAGACUUGGAUUGCCUAGGUCUGUUACACCCACUCCACCAGCUGAGACCAACAUGGAGUCAAAGAAAGCUCCUGAGCAGAUUCGCAUCAAAACUCUGGAGGAGAUCAGACAGGAGAAGGCAGCAAAGUCUCAGCAUCAGAGCCAGAAAGAUGUUCCCACAGUCAUGGCUCCUGAAACAAACAACAAAACCCAAAUCACAAAGGGUGUCAAGCGAGCCAUCACCAUCAAAGAGGUCUCCAUUGAUCACGUUAAGACGUUCUCAGAGAUCCUUCAUGCCAAGAAAAAAAGGCAGGAGGAGCAGGAACAAAAGCCCAGUGCUAAGAAGGCCAAGCACACUGUGGAGAAAGCUCCGGGCAAGGGAGAGUCUGACACAGCAGGUCCAGAUCCUGAGGCUGCAAACAUAGGGGAGGUUAAAGUAAAGACUCUGGAGGAGAUUCGCAGAGAGAAGGCAGCAAAGAUUCAGGCCCAGCAGGCCCUGGAGGCUGAAAACAAGAAGAGUUCUGAUAAUGAGGAGAACAGUGUUAAGAAGCCUCGCUUACUGCGCAUCAAGAAACCUGCUUCCCAAAGCAACGUCACAGAGGGAGGUAAGCCACAGAGGAGCACAGAGACGGAGAAGCCACUGAAAACUACUGAGACCAGUGCUGCCACCAGUAAUAAUGUCAAGGUCAAGACCUUUGAGGAGAUCAUGCGGGAGAAACGCCUUCGCAAACAGGAAAUGGAGGAGCAGGCCAUAGGCUCAGCUGAAGAAGAGCCUUCUGAGAAACAGACCAGCGGAGGAGCCCUGAAGAGGAAGGCUCCUGCAAAAAUCAGUCAUACAUGCCUGGGCUCGUCAUCGCCUUCCUCCACCACUCUGGCCCCUGACUCUACGCCUUCCACCCAAAAGCUUUCUGUUGGAAAACUGAUCCCCCUCAAAACUAAGGCUGCUUCACCUCUGAACAGCACUACUUCUGGUACAAGAGGUGCUGCUGUUAGAGCUGUGACCUCAGUCCCUGUGAAGCUGUGCUCUUCUUCUCUGGAUGUUGAGCCAGAGUCUGACUCACGGAGCCCCAGCAGCUCCAGGGAGGUCCCAGACAAAAACACUAGGAAUUCCAUUGCACUGUCACCAGCCAAGCAGGCCAGAGCAGCUCCUCAGGUUCCCGGUGCAGAGGCCCUUACUUCUGAUAAAACACUGAACAAUAAUCAGAAGAAAUCCCCAGAACCCACUGCAGACACCAAAGUGAGGCCCAAGCUGAAUGUGAAGCCUUCUGUCGUAAAGGUGAAACCAGGCCAGAAGAGGAAGGGAGCAGAGCGAUCUGCCGUUGCUGCUGUUAAACCUCUGAACACCACUUCCACAGCACUGAAAGAGCCACUGCAGGAGACAACACACACAGACAGACAGGAGUUUCCGUCGUCCAGUGCUGAGGCUCAGCUGAGCUCUGCUGUUCCCCGUAGUCCCAGCACCCUGCUGGACUCAGGCUCUAGCUCCAGCCCACUGAGAGAGGAGCUGCAGACUGUCCCUGUCUUCAAACAGAGUCUGAGCCAAGAAGCCAAGCAGACUGUCAACGUUGCUGCAGCCAGAGAGGCCUGUACAGUCCCCCAAAGCUCAGUCCUGAAGUCUCCCACCCAGCCCAAGUCACGGAGACUGAGUGUAGCUGCGUCCCGCUCUACCUCCACCUCUGCUGUGGAUGAAUUUGAGGAGCUGAUCAGCGAGUUCACCGAUGACCAUCUGGAGGGAGACGUUGACCCUGGCAUUGGAGAGGAUGACCUGCUGCAGGAACUGUCAGAGAUGAUUGACAGCUAAGGGCUCCAUCAAGCACAAUCAACUCCCCGCCCCAAUGUCUCAUCCACAGCCUUGUCUUGUUUACAAGAAGUGAAGACCAUCACCCACUAACUAUCAUGGAGCGUUUAAAAAAAGACAUUUUAAAAUCAUUUCUUAAACUUUAGGUUCACAUUUGUUUUUCUUCUCUCCUUUUUCAUUUCCUUGCCCAUAUGAUCAUCUGCUCAGCCCAAGGGUUAUUUUGCAGGGCUCUGAUUUUUUUCCACCUCUGUUCAUGAUCUUAGUCAAACUUUUCAUGUUCUGAAAAGACAAAAUGAAAAAAAGCUUUGGUGCUGGGAGAUAUUGUUAAGAAACCCAUCAGUUUGUCAGGAAGACAUUAAAACUUGGGAAUGAUGAAUGUGUUAUUUUAGAGAGAAGUCAUAUCUGUAUACUGUGUAUGCAAAGGGAAGAGCAAGCUGAGUAGAGGAAUAAUGAAUACUGCUGCACUUGUAGUAGCCUGCCCCCCAACUACUUGUUCAAGUUCAAUGUUUUUGUUUUUAUGAGUGGAUAAUACUGGUGUUGCCCAGCUUGUUCCCAGAUUAUCACAUUUAAAUGUGUCAAUUUUAAUUUAAUGAUCAACAAAGCUCAGGUUAGAGCGUAAGAGGAAGCUAGAAACUUCAUCAGUCAUGUUACUGUUGGGAUGGUUUUACCCAUCAGGUGUAUGUGGUUUGUAGAUUUUCCACUCAGAUGUUAUGGAGUGCACCCUCUGCCAGUGGCUGUUCUUUAGUGUUUUUAUAAUGUCUGACUGAACUUUUCAUGUUAAAUUUUUUCUAAACUUUUUUUUUUUUUAAUCAGUGGAUAUCUUUUGAAACAACUAGUCUGAGAUGAACAUGUAAGUGCUCUCUGGGCUUUGUUAACGAACACCUCAGGGACUGUAUGUUCUGAAAAACUAUAUUUUAAUUCAACAACGACGUCUUUAGUUGUCUUCUUCUCUUUUGUGUUACUAUUGGUUUAUCAGUGUAAUCUGAGCAAAGAGCAACCUGUUUUGGUCUUAAUAUGUGUUUGCUCUGUCCUGACCCUUUCCCACAUGCUUAAUCUGCAAAGUGACUUGUAAAUAUUACUGUAUAAAUAAAAGGUGCUUUUAAUGAC